UUGUCCCACUCUACAUUUAGAGGUCACAUCUAAGCAUGAUCCACCAAUCCUUUCACCUUUUUAUAAGCCAUUCCAACCCCAUCUUAACUUAAUUCACUUUCUCUAUUUCCAAAUUGCAUGCAAACAUACCCUAAUUAACCUUCCUUCCUUUCUUCCUCUUCCACUCAUGGCUUCAACCUCUCUCCACACCAACAACACCAACAACACCAACAACCAUAACUCUUCUUCUUGGACACGCAUGCAGAACAAGCAAUUCGAAAGCGCACUUGCCUUGUACGAUGAAGACACCCCAGAUCGAUGGCAGAACAUAGCCAGAAUAGUUGGUGAUAAAUCUGUUGAGGAAGUUAAGAAGCACUAUGAAAUCCUUGUCGAAGACCUUAAGCAUAUAGAGUCUGGUCGUGUUCCAAUCCCCAGUUACAACUCCACUCAUCAUCAAGACAGGCCUCUAAAGUAUCUUAAUCAGCAGUGAAUUGACCAGGUCAACUCAAGUAUCUAUAGGCACUUAAGUUGGAACAACACAGGAUGCAAGACCAAACAUUCUUCUGUUUUCCUUGUUUAUGUCCAACAAACAUCCAACACUUUACUUCUCUUUACAGUUCAGAUACUAAGUGAACAAUAUGACAUAUUUGAUAAUGUUUGGUUUCUAUUUUCAAGAUCAUUUAGGAAAACAAAAAGAAAUAUGCUUGAUGGAGACAGAUUGGGAAUUUCCCUUCUUUUGUUUCACAUUGCAAGGAAAAAAGCAACAUAAAUACCAAAGUAGAGGUUCUCUCAAAAGUUGUUACAAAUCCAAUGUUUCAUCUCCACGACGAUGUGCUCUGUUAUAUUAUUAUCUCAUUUAUAUGUCAACGCAAACAGGUCACCAAAAAAUGAAGCAAGUUUUGAAUGUUUGAAACGGUGGCAUCUUUUACACAUAUUUCAGAUUAAUUAAUUUAAAUUCACAUAUUUUGCUUUUGGCAAACAAGUUUUGACCACAAUC